AUGGUAAAGUUAAGAAAAUUCAGAGGAUAUCUCGCUAACAAAGAUGACGUAGAUAAAAUCAUCAGUCCUCCUUAUGAUGUAUGAAGCAUUAAAGAAGCCAGAGAGGAGACUGGGGACAAUGAUAUGUACUAUUAUCACAUCAAUAAGCCAGGAAUCGACCUCCCUGAUGAUGCCACGAAUGAAGAAAUUGCUAACAAAGGUAAAGAGAACUUGGAAUCUUUCAUCGAGAAAGGAUACUUAGUCAGAGAUGAAAAAGAGAGAAUCUAUAUCUAUUCUCAGCAGUUAGGGGAUCAUCUCCAAUUCGGAAUCAUGGCUCUUGCUUCUAUUGACGACUAUGAUUCUGGUAAAAUUAAAAAGCACGAACACACUCUACCAGAGGUUGAACUUGAGAGAACAAAUCUUUGUGAUACACAAUGUGCUAAUGCUGGACCGGUCUUCUACUCCUUCAGAGAAAAAGAGGACAUUGUCAAGAAGAUCUCUGAGAUCUCUAAUGAAGAGGCUUAUGCUCAGGUAACCACAAAGGAUGGUGUAGUUCAUACACUGUGGAAAUGUUCGGAAGAAGAUUCCAACUGGAUUGUAACUGCAUUCGAGGAAGUCGAUAGUCUUUAUAUCGCAGAUGGACAUCACAGGAGUGCAGCAGCAUACAACGUUGGUAAGAGAAGAAGAGAAAGAGAGAUAGCAGCAGGCAAGGAAGUGACUGGAAAUGAGUCCUUUAACUUCUUCAUGACUGUUAUCUUUCCAGCAGAUCAAACCAAAAUCCUUCCUUACAAUAGGCUUCUGAAUACUCUCAAUGAUAUGACUGAAGAAGAGUUUCUUGAGAAGGUCAGGAAGAACUUUGACGUAGAAGAGAUCAAAGGAGAUGACUACGAAGCCAAGGAAGCAGGACAUAUUUCAAUGUAUUUGGGAGAAGCCUGGUAUGACCUCCAACUCAAGCAAGAAUUACUUAGAGAAGAAGUCUCUCUCAACCUUGACUACACUGUCCUCACUGACUUCUUGUUCAAGGACAUUAUGGGAAUUGAGAACAUUAAGAAAGAUGGUCGUGUUGAGUUCGUUGGUGGUGGAAGAGGCAUUGACUAUUUGGUCAAGAGAUGAGGCGAAGAUUGAAAAGCAGCAUUUGUAAUGCAUCCUGUUAAAAUGGAUGACCUCUUUGCAGUAGCAGAUGCUUGAGAGAUCAUGCCACCAAAAAGCACUUGGUUUGAACCUAAACUGCGCUCAGGAUUCGUAGUCAACGUAUUCGAAAAAGAACUAGGUUUGAUAUAAGGUAACCCUAAUUAGUUUCAACUAAAUUAUAUUA